UCCAUCUUCUGAGUUUGCACAAAACAAAAUAAAAAAAUUAAAAUCUUUUAUCUGUUCAUCCUUCCCAAUCUUUUUACAUCAACCUUGCUUUUAAAUUCUCUUAUUUUAUUCUUCUGAUUUUUUCUUUUCCACUAAAAAUCACAAAUACCAGCAAGAAAACCUCCAUUUAUUAUCAGUUUUUUCUUAUCUUCACUACCCACUAAAUAUUUUUUAUGCUUCCUUAAAAGUUCUUGAACUUUUUGGUUGAAUUAGCUUCUUCUUCAAGAUCUUAUCUUCACUCUGCUUAAAAAAUAAGCUAAAAAUCAACUUUUUUUCCCUUGAGAAAGUGAUGCUAAAAUAUUCCAAGAAUUUUUUGAGGUAAUAAAUUAGUAUUAAGGUAGUGUAACAGUUCCCUUCCAUCUAAAUCUCUUGACUAAACCCUACAACAGUUUCAGACCAAAAUAAUCAGAGCACUUUGUUUGUUGUUGUAAUGGAUUCAAGUAGUAAUAAUCAUAAUUUUCAUCAACAGCAACAUCCAAGUUCAGGGUUAUUAAGGUUUCGGUCCGCUCCAAGUUCAUUUCUUUCAAAUUCCAAUGACAAUGGAGGAAUUUGUACUAAUGAUUCUGUUAUUGGUUUUCAAGAAUUUGAAGAUAAAUCAGGUGUAAGAGGCUCUGUUAAUUAUUUGAAUUCGACCCAGAGUAGUUAUUCGGGUUUGCCUCCGCAUUAUCCGAGUUGUUCUUCAGCUAUGGAUGGCUCGUUCGGGUUGAUUGGUGGCGGUAAUCAUGAGCAAGUCAAACGGGUUGAUUCAAAUCUUGCUAGACAGAAUAGCUCACCUGCUGGUCUUUUUGGGAAUCUUUCUCCCCAAAAUGGGUAUGCCACCGUGAAAGGAAUUGGGAACUAUGGUGGGGUGAAUGGUACUAAUGGAGAAGUAAGUCCAAGACUAAAAACUCAACUUAGCUUCUCAUCAAGAGUACCUUCUUCCUUAGGCAUAUUGUCACAAAUUUCAGAAAUUGGGAGUGAAAGCAUUGAUGCUGCUGCUAGCCCAGAUAGCGGAAAGCUCGGAAAUGGAAAUGGUGAUGGUCGAUUUUAUAGUAGUAAUGGGUACUCUUAUGGUUCUUGGAAUGAUUCUCCUUUUGCGGAGAAUUUUAAUAGCUUGAAAAGAGAUUCAAAUGAUAAUACCAAACUGUUUUCUAGUGCACAGAAUGGUGAGCUCGGCAAUCGCGUUCAUUUACUGUCGCAUCACUUGAGUUUGCCGAAGACUUCAGUUGAUAUGGUUGCUAUGGAAAAGUUUCUGCAUUUUCAAGAUUCUGUUCCUUGUAAAAUAAGAGCUAAGCGAGGCUGUGCUACUCAUCCUCGAAGCAUUGCAGAAAGAGUGAGAAGAACCCGUAUUAGCGAAAGAAUGAGGAAACUACAAGAACUUGUUCCAAACAUGGACAAGCAAACAAACACAGCAGAUAUGUUGGAUUUGGCUGUAGAUUACAUAAAAGAUCUCCAGAAGCAAUACAAGAAUCUGAGUGACAGCCGAAUGAAGUGCAAGUGUUUGAGUAAGCAGAAGCCUGUGCAAAACCAUUUAGUUUGACAUGCUUCUGUACAGGAAAUCGACAAAAUAAUUAGAAAAGGACCACUUCUAGUUAGAAAAUGAUAUAUUUUCUUCUUUGCAAUGAUCAAGCAUAGUCAGUGGCGCUUGGAUUUAGGAUUUCGUUUCAGCCCGGGUUUAUUGUCUGGUUCACCUUUGACAUUCCAGUAGUGCAGGUUUACCUUCAUCUAAUCCAGAAUUCACUAUAAACCGUACCUCUUUUUUUUAAGAAAAAUACCCGACGCCAGCCCGUGCUGAAGCCUAUCCUAAUCUUAGGGUAGUUAUGCCUUUGAGCACACUGUGUUUACUGCUGGAAAGCUUUCAAAUACACAAUACAUGAAUAAAAGAUAGAAAUGUACAGGAACAUGUUCUUGUUGUUAUACAUCAAUUUCAAUUCCUUGUUACUGUAA